CGCUGCCCAAAUCCUCGCCACCACCACCUCCCGAAACCCUAACGUCGUCGCCCACAACACCAUGAUCAGAUGCUUCGUCUCCAAAUCCCUACCCGUAGAAUCUCUCUGCGCCUACAACAGCAUGCGGAGGGUCUACAAUGUUUCUCCCAAUCACUUCACCUUCACCAUCCUCAUCAAAUCUUGCGAAUCCUCGGACUUCAUGGAUUUGUGCGGAGGGAUUCAUGCGCAGGUGAUCAAAUGGGGAUUUGGGUUUGACGUGUUUGUUCAAAAUGCUAUUUUGAAUGCCUAUUCACAGUGCAGCGGGAGCGCGGGAUUCGCCCGCCAAGUGUUUGAUGAAAUGCUCGAGAGAGAUGUCGUCUCGUGGAAUUCUAUUGUUGGAGCGUAUAUGUCACAUUGGGAGGUUGAAAAUGCGAUGUGUCUGUUUGAGUUAAUGCCCGAGAGAAAUGCUGUGUCGUGGAACACGGUUAUUACAGGACUCGCAAAGGCCGGGGACAUGGCGUUGGCGCGGUCGGUCUUUGAGCGGAUGGAAGGGAGGAACAUUGUUACUUGGAACGCCAUGAUCACCGGAUACUUGACGUUCGGCGACAUUAUAGCCGCUCGAUCGACCUUCGACUGUAUGCCGCAAAGAGAUGUCGUUUCAUGGACGGCCAUGAUCUCAGCUUAUGCCAAGACGGGCGACAUCGAAUCUGCGAGAGAGCUGUUUGAUGAAAUGCCCGAUAAGAAUGUGGUCUCGUGGAAUGCAAUGAUAUCCGGGUACAACCAGAAUUCUCAAUUUAAUGAAGCUUUGCGUACAUUUCAAAAUAUGUUGCUCGAUGGUAAAUUCAUCCCCAACGAGGCAACUCUCACUAGUGUAGUCUCAGCUUGCGCCCACUUAGGCGGCGUAGAAAAUGCGAAUUGGAUUCAUUCCUACAUCAAAAAGAACAAAGUCCAAUUGACCACUGUGCUAGGAAAUGCUCUUAUAGAUAUGUUUGCGAAGUGUGGGGACAUAAAAAGUGCGGCAUCGGUUUUCCAAGAAAUACCAAGAAAGUGUAUCAUUACAUGGACGGCGAUGAUCUCAGGUUUUGCCUUCAAUGGGCAGUGUAAAGAAGCUCUUGCCCUCUAUAAUCAGAUGUGCAGCGAAGGGGUUGAACCGGACGACGUUAUCUUUUUUGCCGUGCUCACCGCAUGCACUCAUGGAGGUCUUGUAGUAGAGGGUCGGUAUACAUUUAACCAAAUGAUCGAGAAACAUGGUAUCAAACCGAGAAUGGAGCAUUACGGGUGCAUGGUAGAUCUCUUAGGUCGCGCCGGUAGGUUAGAAGAGGCAUUCCAGUUUAUUCAAACUAUGCCUUUCGAGCCUAGUGCUGUUAUAUGGGCAACAUUGCUAAGCUCAAGUGCGACAUACGGGCGUAGGGAAUUAGCGGACUUUGUGAGUGAAAAGGUAGUUGAGGUAGAGCCAUUUAACUCGAGUUAUCGAGUUUUGGUUUCAAAUUCAUGCGCACUUGGGGGAGGGUGGGAAGGAGUUGUGAAUGUGCGGAGGAGGAUGCGUCGGGAGGGAGUUGAGAAAGUGCCCGGCUGUAGUUUAAUUCAGGUGGGCAGAGAGGUCCAUGAGUUUUUGGUUAAGGAUACGAGGCAUGAGAGGAGGAAAGAGAUAUACGAUGCCCUAGACGGGCUAACGUCACUUAUGAGACAAGUAGGUCAUGUGCCUUUGACAGUUAUAUGAACUUAAGAUUAGAGUUA